AGGAGAAUGGGAGUGCGGGGCGGCAGACCGCCGCGGGGUGUCACGGCCGCGGCCGAGCUCGCCAGGCGCGGGGCCGGCGCCCGCCGCUUUUAAACCCCGGAGGGCGCGGCGGCGGCGGGCGGAUCUCGGCGCGCGCGGGGCGCCGGGUGGCGGCCGAAUGGAGAGGAAGGGCUCGGCGGCCGGGGCCAAGGGGAACCCGAGCCCGCCCGCGGCCAGCGAGGCGCUGCGGCCGCCGCCACCACUGUGCGUCCCGGGCGGCGGCGGCGGAGGGGCCCCGGCGCGGAGCCAGGCUGGGGCGGCGGCCGAGCCCGCCGAGUUCAUCCGGCGCGCGCACGAGUUCAAGAGCCAAGGGGCGCAGUGCUACAAGGACAAGAAAUUCCGCGAAGCCAUCGGCAAAUACCACCGGGCGUUGCUGGAGCUGAAGGGGCUGCUGCCGGUCCCCGGGGAACGGGAGCGAGACUCGCGCGCGGCCUCCCCGGCCGGGGCCCCCAAUCCUGGCCGCCUCUCGGAGGAGCAGAGCAAGACGGUGGAAGCCAUCGAGAUCGACUGCUACAACAGCCUGGCAGCCUGCCUGCUGCAGGCUGAGUUGGUGAACUACGAACGAGUCAAGGAGUAUUGCCUCAAAGUCCUGAAGAAGGAAGGCGAGAACUUCAAGGCCCUUUACAGGUCUGGUGUGGCCUUCUACCACCUUGGAGACUAUGACAAAGCACUCUACUAUCUGAAAGAAGCAAGGAUCCGACAGCCAACAGAUACCAAUGUGAUUCGGUAUAUCCAGCUGACGGAGAUGAAGCUCAGCAGAUGCUCCCAGAGAGAGAAAGAAGCCAUGUAACUAGACCACCUCUCUAAAGCUGCAUCCGUGCCUGACCCGGGACUUCCAGGCACCCCCUGGUGGAGAGCCCCUCCCUGGGUUCUGUUCCUUUCUCCCCACUUCUUCUGGCUCCCCUUUCUUCCUCCGGUUGCCCCUCAACUCUUUGUCUACUUCCAGUGUGAAAAGGAGACAUGCAAAUUUGGAAUCUGGUGUGUUGCCCAGACAAUAGAGACAUUCUCUUCUCUAGUAGGUCAGCCACUGAGAGAGACCUAACUUCUUCGGGGACAGCUGGAGAGGACUCUCACAGGCCAUUUCAGCUUUGACUUUGGCCAAUGCUUCUGACAGAGGCAGAGGCUGGCAGGUAUACCAUCUCAAAGGCAGGAGGCACGGAGCCCACGGGCUGGGCCCCUCCACACCUUUCUGACAGACCAGAGCAUCUCAAGGCAAUUGUGACAAAUCCAGGGAUGAGACAAACACCAGGAGCCAACAGAGAGACUGUGAAUUUGUACACUGGAUUUCCCCCAACUCCCACCCCCGAGAACCUCAGCCCUUGCCUCCCUCCCUCACUUGUUGUCUUGGCUUCUGCUUUCUUCUCUCCCUCUUGGGGAUCUGAGACUCUGCCAGGAUUCACAUGCCAUUGAAGCCCACUCUCAGUGCUCUCUGGUGACCACACAUACCAUUCUCCCAUACUCCCACCCAGCAGGCAGCUGCGACAGCAGAAGGGCAGGGUAUAGUGAGCCAAGGGUUGACCACGUAGGUGAUGGAGGGAGGGAGAGAUGACGUCUAGGGAAAAGGGCAUUGUAUAGACUGGGGGAUUGAACUGUGGACUAAUUAAGUAUAAAUAAAAGUAAGUGAACAGGCAGCAGUUCCUGUCAUUUCUGUUGGAAGCAGCCCUGCCCCUCUCUUUUACUCCCUCUCCCAACUCUCAAUCAGAGCUACUUAGGGUCAAUCAGAGCCAGGCAGGAUGGGGCUUCCCCCAAAGAAUUGGGCCAUUUGUCAGUGGUAUACAAUGCUGGCUGCUGCCUUUGUGCUUCCAGAGUAGGCUGAGAUGGUGGAGACUGCCCAGGGACCUGGCUUUGUGGGAACUCGUACUGCCUCUUGUUGAAGAAAUUAUCUGGACUCAGUAUCUAGCACAUAGAAUGUGUUCAACAAAUAUUUGUUGAAUGAGUAAAUUAUGACUGCAGACUGGCUCUCCUGCCUUAAACUAAUUUUAUCCCAGCCUAGUCUCCUGAUAUCUCUGCUCUUUGUGCCCUGCCAUGUUGCUUCAGUCAAGUAAGAAACAUUUACUGAGGGCUUAUUGUUUGCCUAUCGUUGUGCAAUAUGCUGUGGGACAUAGGAUGUAGUCCCAGUCUUCAAGGAAAUGGAAGAGUUGAGAAAUCCUCAUAUGAGAUGAUUACCAAUGACACCUUUAAUUUAUGAAUGCUUUAAAAUUUUCAAAGCACUUUCAUGUAUUUUUCGUGUGAUUAGUGAAAGAGACAAUAAUUGUACAAAUUAAAAUAUACAGAUGCAAUAAUGUUAAUAGUUCACAUUUAUUAAAUGCACUAUCCUCAGA